AUGCAACGGGUUAGAAUAGCUUCUCGAAGCUACUACACACAUCUUGAGGUAAGUUCCCGUCCCGGAGCACGGAUAAAAACCAUUUUUUCAGCUCAGGAAAAGUUUUUUGGAUUAUUUCGCGAAAAACGAGCAUAAAAUCGUGGCCUCCUCCUCGGUUAUCCCGCCAGAAAGCGACAAAUCUCUGUUAUUCACAAACGCCGGGAUGAAUCAAUUCAAGGGAAAGAUUUUGAGCCCGGAUAAGCUGUCGAAAACCGAAAAAAUUGCAAAUAUUCAAAAAUGUAUACGAGCUGGCGGAAAACACAAUGAUUUGGAUGAUGUUGGAAAAGAUGUGCAUCAUCAGACGUUUUUCGAAAUGAUGGGAAAUUGGAGUUUCAAUGACGCCUAUUCGAAAAGAGAAGCUUGUGAACUUGCGCUAACUUAUCUGGUUGAAAAUUUGAAAAUCGAUCCGGACCGCCUGUAUUUUUCAUAUUUCGCCGGCGAUUCAAAAGAACUUGUUGAUGCCGAUUUAGAAUGCCGUGAUAUCUGGAGGGAUCUGGGAGUUCGGGAAAAUAAAAUCGUUGGGUUUGGAAGGCGGGAGAAUUUUUGGGAAAUGGGAGCGAGUGGACCGUGUGGUGUUUGCACAGAAAUACAUUAUGAUAGAGUUGGAGGCGGGAGAGACGCAGAGAAAUUGGUGAAUUCGGAUGAUUCGGUGGUUGAGAUUUGGAAUAUUGUUUUUAUGUCGAAGUUGAGGUGAGACGAAAAUUCCACGUGGCAUUUUUUUCAAAAUUUUGAAUUUCAAUUUUUUCGCGCUAAAAAUCCACCUACAGUAAUCUAGCCGAAUUUUUGCGCUAAAAAUCCACGUGGCUUUUGUUUCAGUAAAAAACUAUUCGGAAAAUCCACCUACAGUAAUCUAGCCUAAUUUUUUCGCAAAAAAUUCCACGUGGCAUUUUUUUCAAAAUUUUGAACUUCAAUUUUUCGCGCUAAAAAUCCAGCGGGCAUCUAAAAAUUCGCCUACAGUAAUCUAGCCGAAUUUUGGAGCAAAAAAAAUCCAAAAAUUCCUCCCACAGUAACCCAGAUGAGCCCAAAAAAUCUUCCUACAGUAACCCAGAUGAAUUUUGACACCGAAAAUUCCACGUGUAUUUUUUUCAAAAUUUCAAAUUUCAAUUUUUCGCGCUUAAAAUCCACCUACAGUAAUGUAACCAAGUUCUGACACCAAAAAUUCCACGUGGAUUUUUUUUUAAUUUCGAAUUUUAAUUUUUCACGCUAAAAUUUCGCCUACAGUAAUCUAGCCAAAUUUUGAAGACAACAAUUCCACGUGGAUUUUGUUUCAAUAAAAAAAUAUUUUAAAAAUCUUCCCACAGUAAAAAAAUCCACGUGGCAUUUUUUCAAAAUUUUCUCCGAAAUUUACUAGAAUUGGGAAAAUCCAAUUUUUAGCGCUACAAAUUCCACGUGGCACAGUCAAAAUCAAUCAAUAAUUGUUGCAGACUUCCAAAUGGCCGCAUCACAUCGCUCGGAAAAAAUCACAUUGACACCGGAAUGGGUUUCGAACGUCUUCUCUCGAUUAUUCAAGGCCAGUCUUCGAAUUUCGACACCGAUGUCUUCACAAAAAUCAUUUCCGAAAUCCGCAAUCUGGCCACAAAAACCCCACCAAAUCCGGUGGCGAUUCGCAUUGUUGCCGAUCAUCUGCGAGCGAUUUGUGUGGCUCUUGCGGAUGGCGCAAGGCCAAGCGGAAGCGAUGCCGGAUUUGUGGUGCGGAAAAUGAUGCGAAGAGCGUUUUUGAAUGCGGGAAAUGCGCUGGGAAUUGAGCGAUUUGCUUUUGGAGCUGAUGGUGGAUUAGUGGAUUGUGUUGGUGAAAGUCUCGGCGUGGUUUAUCCGGAGAUUCUGGAGAAUUUGCCGGAGAUUCGGAGGGUUUUGAGAGAGGAAGAGGAGCAGUUUUGGAGGGUUGUGGAUCAGGGAAAACCGCAUUUUUUGAGGAGAUUCGGUGAGUUUUUUUGGCGGGAAAAUUUUUUUUUUUUGAAAAUUUUUGAAAAACUUUUAAAAAUGUUCAACUUUUACGUCACAAAAAAUUUAAGAAAAAAUAUACGUGGCCGAACUUUUCCGGUGGCCUAGAAAUGUCGGAAAUUCGGCCAAAGCAACAAAAUCGCUCUAAUGUUGCGAAAAUUCACAUUAUUGGAGCGAGUUUUCUGUCUUGGCCGAAUUCCCGCUGAAAAUGAGCUGAAAAUCGCUGAAAAUGAAGAUUUCCAUGAUUUUCAGCACAAAAUUCUGAUCUAAAAACAUUUUUGUGCUGAAACUCGUAGAAAACCUGAAAAUCAAUGAUUUUGAACGAAAAAUCGAGAAUUUUCGAAAAAAAAAAUGAAAGAUAUAUAUGGCCGAACUUUUCCGGUGGCCGAGAAAUGUCGGGAAUUCGGCCAACAAUGAGAAUUUUCGCAAAUUUUCGCUUCAGGACCCAAAAUGUGGGCGCUAAUUGUAAGAAGAAAAAAAUUCAGAUUUUCGCGCUAAAAAUUGCAAUUUGAAUUUUUCUGAAAUUCUAGGUAUUUUCAGCUGUAAAUUAGAGGAUUUUAGAGAAAUUCAAUUUUUUUUCUAAAUUUCAGGUUUCGGGCUCAAAAAUCUGCUAAUUUUCAGCUUUAAAUUUCGGAUUUUCAAAAAUUUUUCAGAAAAAACUGAGAAUUUACAGAAAUCGAUCCAAAUUUCUCUGGAAAAUCCGCAUUCUACCUUCUCGAAACUCAUGGUUUACCACUGGAAAUCACUGAAGAACUAGCCAGGGAACACGGAAAAUCGAUAAAUUUGCAAGAUUUCGAGCAGGCCAAGUUGGAAGCUCGAAAUUUGUCCAAAACAUCGGCCAAAACAUCUAGUUCUGCUUCUGCUGAAAAUUUCCCAGAUUUCCAAAAUUAUCCGACACAUUCGGAUCGAUUCAAAUAUGACUACGAAAUGAUUGGCAGCGAUGAGUUGAAGUUAGCCGAAGUUCCGACAAAGAUUUUGGAUAUUUCUAGGCCAAUUGAUGACGUGGAUUUGGAUUAUCGAUUGAUUUUGGAAAAUUGCCAAUUUUACGGUGAACAAGGUGGACAGGCUUCAGAUUCGGGAUUUUUGUUGAGAGAGGUGGGAAAAAUUCUAAGCUCCGCCCACUUUUUUUUUGCAAAUUUGCGGCAUGGUUUUCCUACGAAUAUUUGAUUCAUUUGAAUUUGAAAAAUAAACCAUGCCGCAAAAUUGCAGAAUCUGAAUAGAUCUGCAACUUUAGGGCAUGGUUUUUUCCUAUUAAAAAAUUCUUGAGAAAAACUGUGCCUUGAAAUUGCACUUUUUCAAGCUCCGCCCUUUUUCGCAAUUCUGCGGCAUGGUUUCCAUUAAUUUGAAGUAAAAAAUAAACCAUGCCGCACAAUUGCAGAAAUGAAUAGAUCUGCAAUUUUAAGGCAUGGUUUUUUCCUACAUUUCCUCAAGCUCCGCCCCUUUUUUCGCAAUUUUGCGGCUCGGUUUCCAAAAAAAUUCAAAUUUUCUCCAGAACACUCCGAUUUUCCGUGUCAAAAGUGCCAAAAAAUCGCGCGAUAAAAAAUUGACAAUUUUGCUCGGCGAGCCACUCAUCGCAAUCGAUGAGUUGAAGCAAAUCAAAGCUGAAAAUCUGGAAAUUGACCAGAAAAUCGAUGAGAAAAGGAGAAUUGGCAUGAUGCGAGCACAUUCGGCCACACAUUUAUUGCAUCAUUUUUUGAAGCGGGAAUUGGGGAAUUUGGAAGGAGAAGUUGAGCAGAAAGGAUCGAGUGUUGGUGAGAAAAUUGCCUUAAAUUUCACCUAAGCUCCUAAAAAAUGCCCUAAAAUUUUUUGAAAAAUGAUUUAGAGCUUCCUAAAAAAAGGUUCUUAAGGUCCUUAAAAAUAUCUUCCUAAAGAUCUCCUCCCUAAUUAAAGAAAAAUUAUUUCAAAAUUUAUAUAUUAAGGUUCUUAAGGUUCUUCUGUAAAUUAACCAAAUUAAGAAGGUUUCGAAGGCUCGUAAAUUUCUUCUUAAUUACCUUAACUCUAUAAUUAAAGAAAAUUAUCUUAAAAUCAUUAUAUUAAGGUUCUCAAUUAACCUUAAUUACCUUAACUACCUAAUUCUAUAAAUUUUCUUGUUCUGUAAAAUUUUCUCAUAUAAUAAGGUUCUUAAAGAUCUCCUUAAUUAACCCUAAUUACCUAAAGCCCCUUAAGGUUCUCAAUUAACCUUAAUUACCUUAACCCUUUAAUUAAAGAAAAUCAUCUUCAAAUCAUUUUUUAAGGCUCUUACAAUAAGUUACUCUAAAUUUUUUAAAAGUUAAGUUACCUAAACCCCUAAUUAAACAAUUAUUUUAAAAAUUCCCCCCAAAGGUCCUAAAGGUUCCAAAAAAAAUCCUUAAUUACCUUAACCCUCUAAUUAAAGAAAAUUAUCUCGAAAUUGUUGUUCUUAAAAAUUCUCCUGUAAAAUUUUCUUAAUUAAUAAGGUUCUUAAAGAUCUCCUUGGUUACCUAAAGCCCCUUAAGGUCCUUAAAAAUUUCCUUAAUUACCUUAAAUCCCUAAAAAUCAAUAUUUUCCCCCAGAAAACGAAUAUUUGCGUUUCGACUACUCGACAGGCCGUGAAAAAAUCCCAAAUCGUCUCGAAAUUCUGGCCAACGUUCAAAAUGCCAUAAACCAAACAAUAUCACAGGGUCUCGAGGCGAAAAUUCGAAUUUUCGCGCCAAAUGAAGAAUUGGCGCGAAAUUUGAAAAUUGAUCGAAUUGGCGAAGCGGAAAAUAUUCGAGUUGUUGGUUUUGAUGGUGGAAUUGCGGAGGAAUGUUGUUCGGGAACGUGAGUAGAGGCUGGAAUUCCAGCCAAAACAAAAAUCUGAAAUUUCAGCCAUGUCACACGAUCUUCACAAAUCCUCGACUUCCAAAUAAUGUCAGAUAAAUCAAGUGCGAAGGGAAUUCGUCGAAUUACGGCGAUUUGUGGUGAAAAAUCGCGAGAAAAUCGGAAAUAUUUGAGAAAUAUAGAAAAUAUUGAUGAAAAUAUCGAUUGGAAACAAGUUCCAUUGCUGGAAAUGGCGAAAAUCAAGGAAUUAUUUAAAAAUAGGAAAUCUAGAGUUAGGCUAAAUAAAUAA